GUACGACGGAUCUAGGUUUCCGUUUCGGGAACCAAAGCGGAAAAAAAAGGGAAGAGAACGGAAGGCGGACUGCGUGGAUCCAUUUCUCUUCCCUCACCCUAUCUGUAUAUAAGUAUACCCCCGCCGCCACCGAUAACUCCGAGAAGAACAACCUUGUUGCCCUCCUCCUCUUCUGUCCGCCGCCGCCGCCGAGCUGCGGAAAGAGAAAGAAAGGAACCAAGAAUAAGAAAAUGGAGACUGUCGUUGUGUGAUCCGUCCGAUCUGAUCGUUCGCUCGCUCGGUCGCUCGCUCGCGGACGAUUCGACCGCCGCUGCCGCCAUCGCCUGUGGGACUGGGAUUUGGGAGGGUGCGUUCUUUUCCGCCUCUUGGGUCCGGGUUAGGGUUUGGUAGGGUCUGAUGGCAUCGGAGGAUGUGAAGAGCACGAGCGAGUCCGCGGUUAAGACGAUCGUGAAUCUGGCGGAGGAAGCGAAGCUCGCCAGAGAGGGUGUCAGGGCUCCCGGGCACGCGAUCCUCGGCAUCUGCAAGUCGCUCGUGGCCGGCGGCGUCGCCGGUGGAGUGUCACGGACUGCUGUGGCUCCACUUGAGCGAUUAAAAAUCUUGCUUCAGGUCCAAAACCCUCACAAUAUAAAGUAUAAUGGAACGAUUCAAGGCCUUAAGUAUAUAUGGAGAACUGAAGGUGUUCGAGGACUAUUCAAAGGCAAUGGUACUAACUGUGCACGUAUUGUCCCAAACUCGGCAGUCAAGUUCUUUAGCUAUGAGCAAGCAUCCAGUGGAAUUUUGUGGCUUUACCGACGGCAAUCAGGCAAUGAAGAUGCUCAACUCACUCCUGUAUUGCGCCUUGGAGCUGGAGCAUGUGCUGGAAUCAUUGCUAUGUCUGCUACUUAUCCUAUGGACAUGGUCCGGGGCAGGAUAACUGUGCAGACUGAAAAGUCCCCUUACCAAUACAGAGGAAUGUUUCAUGCGCUAGGUACGGUCUAUCGAGAGGAAGGCUUUCGUGCUCUGUACAGAGGCUGGCUUCCAUCAGUAAUAGGAGUGAUCCCAUAUGUGGGCCUCAACUUUGCUGUCUAUGAAUCCUUAAAAGAUUGGUUAAUCAAAUCCAGGCCAUUGGGUCUCAUUGAAGACUCAGAGCUGAGUGUGGUGACAAAGCUUGCUUGCGGUGCUGUUGCUGGAACUGUUGGCCAGACUGUUGCCUACCCUCUUGAUGUCAUUCGUAGAAGAAUGCAGAUGGUGGGUUGGAACCAUGCUGCUUCUGUUCUGACAGGCGAAGGAAGAAGCAAAGCACCAUUGGAGUAUAGUGGAAUGGUUGAUGCAUUCAGGAAAACUGUGCAUAAUGAAGGCUUCGGGGCAUUAUACAAGGGCCUUGUUCCCAAUUCAGUAAAGGUGGUGCCGUCCAUUGCGAUUGCAUUUGUAACAUAUGAGGUUGUGAAGGAUAUUCUUGGAGUAGAUAUGAGACUAUCAGAUUGAAGCAAGAAAAAUGGGGUCCAACACUCCAACUGCUAUUUUGUAGGUGCUUUGACUGCUUUUUUUUUCUAGGUGGAUGGUAGAAGAUAGGAAAGCUGUUCAGUAUUAAGGCCUCAAUCCGUGUUGAUAUCCAACCAGUAUUUCAGUACCUGUUGCCGGACAUCUAGAUUUCAUCUCAUCAACUUGAAGAAUAAAUUGGCUGUAUGGCAGGGAGAGAAUAUGUGUAGCUUCCAUGAUAUCCAUUCACUCUAUAUUGAGAUUGUUAUGUCUGCUGUUUCGCUUCUCUGCUUGUCCAUGUAGUAUGGGCCAUCUAGUUUUUUCUUUAAUCCAGAUGACAGCCAUAGGUGUUCCCACCCUUAAAUAAAAGCUACUAUUAUAAUAAAAAAUGCUGGUCUAUUUAUUUAUUUA